AUGUAUGGACUUAUUUACUGUAAGAUAAAUAUAGCUGCGAGGAUGAUGUUAGGAAAAAUGCGCUACAUAAGAAACGAACUUGGGUUUAUAGUGGAGUGUGUCGAUGGUGUUUCUGUGGUCGUCACUGUACUCAUACUCGUGCUGGUGCUGGUGCUCGUGCUGGUGCUGGUGCUCGUGCUGGUGCUGGUGCUCGCGCUCGUGCUAGUGCUUGUACUCAUGCUGGUGCUGGUGCUCGUGCUUUCAGUUGUAGGACUGCUUGUUGUCAUUCCUGAAGUAUUAGACGAUGGAAAUUGUUUUAAAUUUCUUCAUUCUUUUCAUUUUCCUAUUUUUUUUUUUGAAAUUAAUGCCAAAAUCAGCCAGAUUAUUAUGCAGGGAAGAUGCUAUCAUAGAUUGAGGGUCAUUUUCAGGAAAUGCUCUGAACUUUUCGAACAAAAUGGAGGAACCACACACAUAGGUAAGUUCAAAGUGAUGCGACGUUGA